GAAUGUGCCUUAACAUCCGUAAGUUUCAGUUUCAGUUUCAGAUGCGCUUUCCGCUCGUGUUUUGCGGGGGUUACGCCGUGUACAGCAGGUCGACACUGCCAGGAAAAUCGAUGUGCGCGCCGCAUUGGUCCAUACAAAUCAAAACCCUAAACCCUUCGGAAACAUAA